ACCCUGGGCGGCGCCAGACUCUGCAGGGUCCAAGAACAGCCAGCCUUUCCUGGCCAAGAUUGAAGGCCCUCUGCUGCAGAUCAUGGGCCGCCCCUCAUCAGAGGCAGAAGAUGCCCUUCUGGAGAAUGAAAUCCUCCCAGACAGCAUGCCAUGCUUCCUAGAGGGAGACAAUACGAGCAGCACAGACACAGAACAGAAUCCUUGGGAUGUGGUAUUAUCCCCUGAUGGGGAGGGAUCCACAGGGGUCGUGGACAGAAGCAAGCUGCUGUGGGAGUCCAGCCUAACUCCCAUCCCUGAGGCCUUGGGGGCCCCAAGCACAGAGCACCCUGCUAGCUGUAACUGUGGACAGCUGGGCCCCAUAGCGCUCUUCUCUCUCCCGGAGGCCACAGAGUCUGUGACACACAACUCCUCCCAGGGUCUGUUGUCUGCCCACCACAGACAAAAUGAUUGGAGGAUGGACACAGAAGAGAGGAAAGACAUUGCUGAGCUGAUGAGUUCCUUCUCACUGAGGCCUGACUCUGCCAGACAGCUGUGGCCUAAGACUCGUGUGUGCCAGGCAUAUUACGGAGCUACCGAGGCAGGCCGGCCCACAUCAGGAUACUGGGGCCCUCCUCAGCCUUUCAGUCACACAGACCCUGGUGAAGCAAGGGUCCUGCAGCCACCGCAGCUAGACCUGGGUCCCACACAAGAGUGUGCUAGCCUGAAGCCUUAUUGUGAAUGGUCAGACCCACAGGCACUCACAGACAUGAACAUACACAUAGAAAAGCCAUCUCAAGCACAUCAGCAUGAGCACGUACAUAAAAAAAAACAUUUUCGCAUGAAAACAGACACAGACCUUUUAAUUCCCAGCAUCCAACCUUUUAAUCCCCCUCAAAAUUUUCUGUCCUACGGUAAUACCCUGGGGAUGGACUGAAGGAUCCUGUGGGGGUCAG